AUGGCGCCUGAUACCGAACAGAUAGAGAGAAGACGACAGAAAAGCUUCCCCCAAUUGGAGUAUCCGAUAUUCCGCGAUGUGGCGCCAAAAUCCACCCAGAACUGGAUCAAAGGAAAGCGGGUGCAGGACGGCGCCGAAGAUCUGUGGAGGAUACAUGACAACUUGUAUGAUUUAACUGACUUCGUGUCAGCACAUCCUGGAGGUUCCGAGUGGAUUACUGCCACUAAGGGCACAGACAUCACAGAAGCAUUUGAAACACAUCAUCUAAAAGGAGUAGCAGAGACUUUAUUACCAAAAUUUUUCAUAAGAAAGACAACUAAACCCAGAAACCAGCCAUUCACAUUCAAGGAGGAUGGAUUCUUCAAGACUUUGAAAUUGAAGGUUAUGGCCCAACUGCCUGAAAUACCAAAGGAUUUAAGAAAAAAAAGUGACUUUGUGACGGACUCCUUACUCCUGGCUGUCAUAGUAUUAAGCCCUUUGAGUUGCUGGGGCUGGAGAGAGAGUUUUCUUCUCGGCGCGACAUUGACACUAUUCAACAGUUUCUUUCUUUGUUCUGUUGUAUCUUGUGCCCAUAAUUAUUUCCAUAGAAGCGACAGUUGGCGAAUGUACUUGUUUAAUUUAGGAGGAAUGUCGUACAGUGACUGGCGGAUAUCUCACGUGAUGUCCCAUCAUCUGCACACCAACACAGCCCAAGAUUUGGAACUAUCUAUGAUAGAACCAUUCCUGCAGUUCCUACCAUAUAAGGACAAACCUAUAUGGGCUCAAAUGGGCGCCUUCUACUACCCAAUCAUUUAUGCAUUGUCGUUUAUUACAUGGCUUAUUAAUGAGUUGGUUCUCUGCGCAACGAACCAUGAAGGUAAAUCUUUAAGUUGGAAGAACUUGAUACCCUUCACGAUACCUACCUGGAUGUACCUAAUGGGAGGUCUUCCUUUUCACUGGACCAUUGCUGUAUGGCUGAUGACGUUGCUACCAGCCAGUUUCUUUUUCAUAUUAUUCGGGUUGACAGCUGGCCAUCACAGCCAUAGAAACUUUUUUGAAGGUGAUAUUCCCAGGGACGAAAACAUCGAUUGGGGCCUCCACCAGCUGGAUGCCAUAGUCGAGAGAAUCGAUUACGCGGGCAACCAUUUUAAAUCGAUUACUCGGUUUGGCGAUCAUGCUCUGCAUCACUUUUUCCCCACACUAGACCACGCGGAGUUGAAAUUCCUAUACCCGACCCUUUUCGAACAUUGUGAAAAGUUCGAAUCGCAAUUAAAAACAAAUACAUUCUAUGAAGCGAUAAUUAGUGCCAGCAAGCAAUUAAUAAGAAAAUUCCCAAAUAAUUUUGAGGAUGGCAAAAUUGUGAAAUAA